CCGACAGCUCCACUUCCUCAAACCUCUCACCAUCCAGUCUGCACGCUCAUUCAACAACACGCCUCCUCCUCCUCCUCCUCCUCCUCUUCCUCAGUCAAUAGAGAGAGAGCAGGAAACGAAACCAUCCAGUCUGUGUGUGUGUGGACCCGCAUGAUGGAAGGUCUGAGGAGCGGAGACGUCACCCUCCUGCUGCUGCUGCUGCUGCUCACCUGCGUCAGGUGUGCUGCGGCUGGGGACAAACUGCGCAACAUCAUCCUCAUCCUCACCGACGACCAGGAUGUUCAUCUGGGGGGGAUGACCCCCAUGAAGAAAGCUAAAUCUUUAAUAGGAGAAGCAGGAGCAACUUUUGUGAAUUCUUUCACGGUGACGCCGCUGUGCUGCCCGAGCCGGAGCAGCAUCCUGACGGGUCAGUACCCCCACAACCACGAGGUGAGGAACAACUCCGUGUCGGGGAACUGCUCCAGCCCUCAGUGGCAGAGCGGACCCGAGGCCUCGGCCUUCCCCGUCUACCUCAGCAAGCAGAAGUACCAGACGUUCUACGCCGGGAAAUACCUGAACCAGUACGGUAAAAAAGAUGGAGGAGACGUCGGCCAUGUUCCGCCUGGCUGGGACCAAUGGCAUGCACUGAUGGGGAACUCGCAGUACUACAACUACACACUUUCAGUCAACGGCAAAGAGCAGAAGCACGGAGACAGUUAUGAGGCGGACUACCUCACGGACCUCAUAACGAACCGGUCCCUGAAGUUCCUGGAUGACCGGAGUCCUCAGCAUCCGUUCUUCCUCAUGUUGUCUCCUCCGGCUCCUCACUCUCCAUGGACCGCGGCGCCAAAGUACCAGAAGGAGUUCAGCAACGUGAAAGCGCCCCGAGACGGUAGCUUUGACAAACCCGGCAAGGACAAACACUGGCUGCUCCGUCAGCCUGUGAACCCGAUGCCAGAGAGCUCUCUCGACUUCCUGGACAACGCGUACAGGAAAAGGUGGCAGACGCUGUUAUCGGUGGACGACAUGGUGGAGCUGCUGGUCAAGAAAUUGGAGAGCAUCAAGGAACUGGACAACACCUACAUCUUCUACACCUCGGACAACGGCUACCACACGGGUCAGUUCUCUCUACCCAUCGAUAAGAGGCAGCUCUAUGAAUUUGACAUCCGGGUCCCACUCAUGGUCCGCGGUCCGGGAAUCAAACCCAACCAGACGCUGCAGGCUCCAGUGCUGAAUAUUGACCUGGCUCCGACCAUUCUGGACAUUUCUGGUGUCAACCUGUCGACUGUGAAUGUGGAUGGACAGUCGUUCCUCUCUCAGAUGGCCCCGUCGCUGCGUAAUGGAACCACUCGUCCCUACUUCCUGGUUGAAUACAACGGAGAGGGACAACCAACGAAGGAUCCAGCUUGUCCCAAACUGGGACCUGGACUCUCUCAAUGUUUCCCAGACUGUGUGUGUGAAGACGCCUUCAACAACACCUACGCCUGCGUCCGGACCCUCGACAGCAAAAACAACCUGCAAUACUGCGAGUUUGCAGACAACGAGUCGUUUGUAGAAGUGUACAACCUGACGUCGGACCCCCACCAGCUGGAGAACAUCGUGAAGAAGGUGGAUCCGGCCGUCCUGCAGGCGAUGAACCAGCGGCUCAUAAAGCUCCAGUCCUGUCAGGGCGACAGCUGCCGUGACACCAAGCAACGAUGAAGCAACACUCUGGAGGAAGUCGCCAAACAUCCGUCAUCCUGCAUCAUCCUCUCAGAGGAGGAUGGGGUUGGUUUAUCUGACUGUUUGAUCAAAGGCAACUUUCUUUGAUCUGCCUUUUAAAUAACCAUAUUUUCCCAUUUUGACAUGUCUCAAUAGGAAAAAGUUCAAAUUUAAUGAUGGCUGGAUUCCAUUUAGCUGCUUCAGUUUGAGGGUCCUCGUAUCGUGCAUGCUGGGUCACUUUCACACCUUUAUGGUUUACGGGGACAUUUGAUGAGAACAGAGCCAUUGGUAAAGGAAACGUUUGACAUUUUGGGAAAUACAUCCUGCUGGAUGAGAAGAUUGAUACCGUCCGUACGAUAAAUAUGUAGUUAAAGCCAGCAGCUGGUUAGCUUAGCUUAGCAUAAAGACUGGAAACAGGAGGAAACAGCUAGCCUGGCUCUGUGAUUUUACAAGUAUGUGCUGGACUUUUUCUUGGUAAAUAAAGAAGAAAAAGUCCUUGUAGUACUAUAAAUAUAUUUUUUAAAUUUUACACGUUUUUUGGACACGCUCUCCACCAGAAGGCAGAUAAGUAUAUUUCCCAAAAUGUCUUGCGUUUCCUUUCAUGUUAUUAUUAAAACGCCUGUGUUUUUCUUAAGAUUACCAGUCAAGAUGUCUGCUGUGAAAAUGGUCUGGGUUUCUUUUCUUCCGAACUGUGCUCAAAUAUCUCAAAAUAAGAGUUUAUUAUAUGUAUAAUAAACUCCUAAGCCAGUUCAUAUAUUAUGCAGAUCUACUGUCAGUCCAUGUUUUAAUGUCUUUCUGCAUAUAAACUGCACUAUUAACAUCUGUUCUUUACAAUGUUAAUGGUUCAAAAUGCAAUCGUAACAUUUUUAUACCAAACGAUAAACAACCAAAGGUUUUAAUAGUUUGAGAUUUUGGGAAAUUCGCUUCUUAACUUUCUUGCAGAGAGUUGGACGGGAAGAUUGGUUUCACCCUCAUGUCUGUCUGUUAUGUUUAAAGUGCUCACCAGCAGCUUGUUAGCUUAGCUUAGCUUAGCACAAAAAAUUGUUGGAAACAGCUAGCCUAGCUCUGUUAAAAGGUAACAAAAUACAACUCUAAAGCGCUAUAAUUAAGAUGUUAUGUCUUGCUUCUUGAAUUCAUACAAAAACAUAAGUGUCUGGUCUUUAUGCUAAGCUAAGCUAACCUGGCUGUAGCUUCAUAUGAGCGUGGUGUCCAUCUUUUCAUCUAACUCUUGACACCAAUUUCCCGUCAAAUUAUCUCUUUUAGCUGAACCUAUGUUUAGUCUUUGAGCUCAUACUUUCAACUUCUAAUGAAAGAAGUUGAAACAUUUAGUCUUUUUUUGAACGGACACCAUCUGUCGUGUCCGAUUAUUGCUCCAAUUUUGUGCCUCAGAUUUUAAGAAAGUGCAAAACUUUUAGAAAAUGUUUAAAUCUCAUGUUUAAUAUUUUUACACUAAGUAUUAACGAUGACAUUUAUAAAGAGCCUUUUUUUUGUGAAAGAUGAUUGCGUGUUGGCGAUUUUGUGACUGUGAUGAAUUAAUCGAGGGGGAAGUUUCACCUGGUAACAUCUGAAAUGAGCACUUUGAUCCUGUGUGCCUUGUGUUUGCACUGACGAGGCUCACGUGCCUUGAAUGUGAAUGUAUUUUGCACUGUGAAAUUAAAAUAAAUCAAAA